AUGGCUUCCUACUCGCAAUACUUGACCAAGGCUCAGGAGGAUGAGCUCCGCUCCAUCGCCAACGCCAUCGUCACCCCCGGAAAGGGAAUUCUCGGUAGGUGUUCGGUUGCGAAACGUCCCCAUUGGUUGCGAAGUGUCUUAGCGCGACUCUAUAAUGAAAACCUCGUGAUAUCUUGCUUGACUGCUCACCAUCGGAUUAUAGUCGGAUUAGAUUAUGGCUAGAGAAAAUGUACUCUCAAUUUUUGAGCUACUGAACUCUAGUGAGCACAAAGCGAAAGUACGAUAUGUUUUAUCGAUAAUACAACAUUUUUGCAGCGGCCGACGAGUCGACGGGUUCGAUGGAGAAGCGUCUGACGAGCAUCGGACUCGAGAACAACGAGGAGAACCGCCGCAAGUACCGUCAGCUGCUGUUCACCGCCGGCGCCGACCUCAACAAGUACAUCUCGGGAGUCAUUCUGUUCCACGAGACGUUCUACCAGAAGACCGACGACGGAAAGCCGUUCACGCAACUGCUCCAAGAGCAGGGAAUCAUUCCCGGCAUCAAGGUCGACAAGGGUGUCAUUCCGUUGGCCGGAACCGAAGGAGAGGGAACCACGCAGGGACUCGAUGAUUUGAACGCCCGAUGCGCGCAGUACAAGAAGGACGGCGCGCAGUUUGCCAAGUGGCGUUGCGUCCACAAGAUCUCGGGAACGACGCCGUCGGUGACGGCUCUCAACGAGAUUGCUCAGGUGCUCGCCAGAUACGCGAGUAUCUGUCAGCAGAACGGACUGGUCCCGAUUGUCGAGCCGGAGAUCCUGCCGGACGGCGAGCACGAUCUGGCCCGCGGGCAAAAGAUCACCGAGACCGUGCUCUCGUACGUCUACCGCGCGCUCAACGAGCACCACGUGUUCCUCGAGGGAACGCUGCUCAAGCCGAACAUGGUCACUUCGGGACAGUCGUUCGCCGGCGCGAAACCCUCGAACGCCGACAUCGGACUCGCCACCGUGACCGCUUUGCAGCGCGGAACCCCGGCCGCCGUGCCCGGAGUCGUCUUUUUGUCCGGCGGACAGUCCGAGGAGGAGGCCACCAAGAACUUGAACGCCAUCAACCAGGUGAGACGGCAAAACCACGACAUUUUUAGAAAACAAAACUUGCAGGUGGUCGGAAAGAAGCCGUGGGCGCUGACGUUCUCGUACGGACGUGCCCUGCAGGCGUCGUGCCUCGCCAAGUGGGCCGGAAAGGACGAGAACAUUGCCGCCGCGCAGGAGGUGCUCCUCCACCGCGCCCAGGUCAACUCGCUCGCCUCGGUCGGAAAGUACACCGGCGACGCUUCGGCCGACGCCGCCGCCUCCCAGUCGCUCUUCGUCGCCAAUCACGCUUAUUAA